AUGAUCGAAACUCGUCGGACAUAUUCGGCUACAGAUGAUAUGGAGCUGAAGGGUGAUCACACCCAGAUCGACAGAGUAGACAAGGAAAUCGCCAAAUACGCCGCCCAAGGCAAAAUCGAUAUUUCCCCCGAGGAAAAUGUGAGACUUCGAAAAUUGAUAGACCGUCGGGUCUUGGUGAUCAUGAUCUGUACAUACUUCCUUCAAGCCAUUGACAAAGGCACACUCUCCUUUUCGUCGAUCAUGGGUCUACCUAGAGACACCGGCUUGUUGACACCGGAAGGGACUGUCAGCCAGCUCUAUAGUUGGUUGACAACAUGCAUCUACAUCGCCAUUUUGGUGGUAGAAUACCCUCAGAACUACAUCAUUGCACGGGUACCUCUCGGGAAAUACCUAGGGUUCUCCAUCUUCGCCUGGGGAGCUGUCCUAGCUGGCCACGCUGCCUGUACGAACUUUAUAGGGUUGGUGACAGUUCGUACACUGCUGGGAAUAUUUGAAUCUGCGUGUCAACCAGCAUUUGUUGUGCUCUCGGCCAUGUGGUAUCGACGUGAAGAACAGGCAGCUCGUGUCACGUACUGGUAUAUGAUGAACGGGGCGCAACAAAUCGUCGGUGGUCUGCUGGCAUACCUCUUCACAUUAAUCACCACUGGGCCUCUAAAGUCUUGGCAGUGGCUGUUCCUUUCCUAUGGAAUCAUUUCCAUACUAUUCGGCGUAUUCGUUUUCAUCUACAUGCCGGACUCGCCGAUGCGAGCUAGAUGUUUCACCGAGGAGGAUAAACGCUUGAUGGUGGAGCGUGUUCGUGACAACCAGACUGGUCUCCAGAACCGUACGUUCAAGAAAGAGCAGGUAUUCGAUGCACUCACUGAUCCACAGACAUGGUGCUACGCCGGGAUGCAACUUUUUACAACAUUGCCUACGAGUGGUCUCGGUAGUUUUGCCAACAUCAUCAUCUCAACGAAUUUAGAAUUUAGCAUUCUUCAGACACAGCUCCUAGCCAUUGUUCUAGGCGCCUAUAUCAUCAUCGUUCUCCUCGGUUCGGUAUGGAUAGUCAAAAAGACGGGUCAAAAUAUCCUGGUUGCGCUAGGUUUUGUCAUUCCGUCUUUUGUUGGAACCAUUCUGCUUCUAACAAUCCCCAAUGAGACGUUCUCGCAACAUGUAGGACUGUUGAUAUCAUAUUACAUCACAUUGUCCUUCUGGGCGGCGCAGACACUUGGUCUUUCUCUCUUGUCUCGAAACGUAGGUGGCCAGACGAAGAAAUCGGUCGUCCUAGCCAUCAACUUCAUCUUCUGGGCAACCGGUAACGCAAUUGGCCCGCAGGUGUUCCUCGCUUGGGAUGCGCCGAAAUAUCAUAUUGCGUUUGCUACACAUCUCGCAUGUUACACGGCCUUGGUGUUUGUUCUGGCCUUCUUCCGUUGGUACCUUAAGCGACAGAACAAGAAGCGAGAGGAACUGGCGGCGGCGGGGGUCAGGGAAGCCAAUGAUGCCAACCUGACUCACGCCUUUGAGGACCUUACUGACCGGGAGAACCCCAAUUUCCGUUAUAUGUAUUAA